CCAAAACACAGACGGACAGUCGUGAGCCUUCGGUCCACAUGUGCGGAGAGGAGCUGUUAGAGAAGAGCGGAUAAACAGCGGACAUGCCGAAGGCAGCGAAGGCGAAGACGGCGAAGGCGAAGGCGGCGGCGGUGGAGAAGGUGGUUCACCCGUACAGCAGGAAAGCGGCGUAUCUGGCCAGAGACGCAGCAAAACACAGCCGGAAAGAAAAGUCAAAAAGUGAAAAAGCCCAGCGUUUAAAUUUAAUCAGGGAAAAGCUUUUGUGGUUUCAGAGUCAGCUUGAUGCCGAAAAGCUUGAAUAUACCAAAAAAGAUGCUUGCGAAAUCAUUGAGAGGUAUCUGCACCGCUUUGAUGAUGAACUGGAGCAGAUCGAGCUGGCGAACAGCAUCAAAGGUCGUCAGGGUCGGCUGCAUGGCUCUAGAGAGGCCGUCAUAAAGCAGACCAUUGAGAGAGAGCGGAUGCAGUUCGAGGGCUGUGGAUUCGAGAUACCCGACAUGAUCAACUCCAAACAUUUGAAAGCUUUCAGAGAAUGGGACGGUGACAUGAGGAAACUGCCCAACAUCAAGAUGAGGAAGGUUUCAGCAAAAGGGUCAGAGAGUAAACACAACGCAGCUCAGGAGGUGCACGUUGAGGAAGAGAAGCAUGUGGACAGUGAGGAAGAUGAGGUCUCUCAGGACUCUGAUGGAGAUGAACUCUUAGGAGAUGACUCUGAAUGAAACACAAGCCUGGACUGAGCUCAUGUGGCUCCAGAUACAGCAUACACAACAGAGAGACUUUGUAAGACAGAAGCUGCGUUCCAAAAGCUAGACUGCAGCCGAGAAAGGUGGGUCCCCGCUGUUCUCUGAAGGCCCCUUAUUUGUAUGUCAUAAUGCAGAAAGGAAAAGUAAUUGAUGAGCUGGCAAGCAAAACAUUAACAUUAAGGCUCUCUCUGAUUGGAACAGCCAGGGAUGACGUAGCUGUCUAGAAAUGCAGCCCCUCUGGCCUGCAGCCUAGCUUCUGAAACGCAGACCAUGCAACCUGUGUGUGUGUGUGUGUGUGUGUGUGUGUGCGUGUGCAUGAGCGAGAGGGAGUAAGUAUCUUUUUAGGUAUUUUUUUUAAAGACAGAGAAUCUAAUUUAUCUGGUUUCUUAGUAUGCAAGUCUCUGGCAGGGGCACCAUGGCUCUUCCCCAUCCACGCUCCAAUAAAGAAAAGACCCCCAACUGAA